GGAUGACCAGAGUAAUCGCUCUUUAGCUAGACCAGAGUUUUUUCAAAAAUUUAAAGUAAAGAGCAAACCCUUUACAUAUCACCUUCGAACGUGCUCAGGUAUGAUUGAAACAUCUGGCAAAAGGGCAGAAGGAUUUCAGAUUGAAUCAAUGGAUGGGAAGGUUCAGAUCACACUUCCGCCACUCAUCGAAUGUCCAGAGAUUCCGAAUAACCGAUCUGAAAUUCCAACACCAAGCGCAGUACAACAACAGCCUCAUCUUUGUCACUUGGCAGAUCAGAUUCCAGAACUGGAUCCAGAUGCAGAAAUCCUACUUUUGCUUGGAAGGGAUGUUUUAAGAGCACACAAGGUUAGGCAGCAGGUUAAUGGACCACACAAUGCCCCUUUUGCCCAACGUUUAGAUUUAGGUUGGGUUGUGAUUGGAGAAGUUUGUCUUGGGGAUGUUCAUAAGCCAGUGAUAAGCACAUACAAGACAAAUGUGCUGGAAAGACAUCGUCAUUCCAUUUUUCCACCCUGUACAAGCCACAUUCAUGUUAAAGAAAGCGACAAAACUCUUAGCAGAUUCACCGAGCCAGAAAAGAUGCUCGGCAGUCAAGUAUUUGUCCAAACAGAGAAUGACAACAAGCCUGGUCCAUCUCUGGAAGAUACAGUGUUCCUACAUAUAAUGGACAAGAAUGUUUACAAAGGCGAGAGCAACCACUGGGUUGCCCCACUCCCAUUCAGGGAACCACGACAACGACUACCUAAUAAUAAAGAGCAGGCAGUCAAACGGUUUGUAUCUCUGCGGCGAACUCUUGAACGGAAACCUGAGAUGCAGAACCAGUAUGUGACCUUCAUGGAGAAGAUAUUCACCAAUGGACAUGCAGAGUUAGCUCCACCAUUGAAAGAAGGAGAAGAGUGUUGGUACCUCCCCACAUUCGGCGUUUAUCAUCCACAAAAACCCAACAACAUCAGGGUGGUUUUUGACUCCAGUGCCCAGUACUUGGGAAUCUCCCUCAAUGAUGUACUCCUCUCAGGGCCUGAUCUUAACAAUUCUCUUCUUGGUGUUCUGUUACGUUUCAGGAAGGAAAAGAUUGCAAUAAUAGCAGACAUCCAACAAAUGUUUUAUUGUUUCCAAGUGUGUGAAGACCACCGCAAUUUUCUGCGUUUCUUAUGGCACAAAGACAAUGAUGUCAACCAGGAAGUAGUGGAAUAUAGAAUGAAAGUCCACGUUUUUGGCAACAAGCCAUCUCCUGCUGUGGCUAUUUACGGGCUGCGGAGGGCCAUCAGAGAGGAAGCGCAGAGGUUCGGUGCUGAUACCAUCGAUUUUGUAGAAAGGCAUUUUUAUGUGGAUGAUGGAUUAAUGUCAGUACCAUCUGAGGCUGAUGCAAUAGACCUCUUGCAGCGGACAAAAAAUUCACUGGCUGAGUCAAACAUCCGCCUACACAAGUUUGUGUCUAACAGUCAGUCAGUCACAGAAGCUUUUCCGCCAGAGGACUGUGCUCCAAUGACCAAGGAUCUCGAUCUUGAACAAGAAGCUACACCCACUCAGCGCAGCUUAGGUCUUCUUUGGGAGAUUACGACUGACAUGUUCACUUUCUCAGCAUCGACUAGAAGCAAGCCGUUCACUCGUCGGGGAGUUCUCUCUACUGUUAACAGCAUUUUUGACCCCUUGGGAUUACUGGCCCCUGUCACAAUCUAUGGAAGAGCUCUUCUCAGGGAACUAGCAACUGAAACGAAUGAAUGGGAUAGUCCAUUACCAGAAGAAAAGCGUCAAAAAUGGGAAACCUGGAGGGAUUCACUUCAAGACCUGAAGCAGCUUCAUGUUCCCCGCAUGUACACGCAGACCUCACUCAGUACAGCUGUAAAUACUGAAUUGCACGUGUUCUCAGAUGCAUCAUGUAAGGCCAUUGGGGCUGUAGCUUACUUAAGAGCAGUUCAAGAGGAAGGACAAACUGAGGUGGGUUUUGUUAUGGCCAAGGCUAAGCUUGCCCCUCAGUCUGAACCUACAAUCCCCAGGCUUGAACUUUGUGCUGCGGUAUUGGCUGUAGAAAUGGCAGAUCUCAUUCAAGAAGAGUUGGAUGUGAAAAUAGAUGAAGUAAAGUUCUAUACCGACAGUAAAGUGGUCCUUGGCUACAUAUGCAAUGAGUCGAGACGAUUCUAUGUUUAUGUUCACAAUAGAGUGAUGCGCAUUCACCAAUCUUCAAGACCAACGCAAUGGAACUACGUGUGCACAGACGAGAACCCAGCUGACCAUGCGUCACGAUCUGUGCCUCCAUCCCAGGUAGCUAAGACUUCGUGGUUCACCGGACCCUCUUUUCUCUAUCAAUCACCUGAAGGCCGACAUUGUACAGAUCGGAGGUUUGAGCUGAUUGAACCAGAUAAAGACAGUGAAAUCAGACCACAAGUUCAGACCUGUUCUACUGUCGUAGAAAAAGCUACUCUUUCUACGGAUCGCUUCAAACGGUUUUCAUCAUUUAGCUCCCUGUUGAGAGGAGUUGCAUAUUUGAUCCACAUGGCAAAAUCCUUCAAGCGUUCCAACCACAAGACUCAGUGUGUAGGUUGGCAUAAAUGCAACUUAUCCCGCUCUGCUGAAGAAAUAGCUCAAGCUAAAAAAGCCAUCCUAAAAGCAGUGCAAACAGCAGCUUUUGGAAAAGAAAGGUCAGCUCUACUGGCUAAGAAAACCGUGUCGGGAAAUAGCCUUCUGCAGAAACUAAGACCAAUCUUAGAAGAUGACCUGAUUUGUGUUGGAGGCAGGCUGAAGUACUCUGAACUGACACCUGCAGAAAGGAAUCCUGUCGUCCUACCUAAAGAUGAUCAUGUAUCUCUCCUUCUAACAAGACAUUACCAUGAGCAGGUGCAACACCAAGGUCGUCAUCUGACUGAAGGAGCCAUAAGAGCAGGAGGCUUGUGGUUAUUAGGAGGCAAGUUUCUGGUAAAAUCACUUAUCCAUAAGUGUAUAACUUGUCGUAAACUACGUGGGAAAAUGGAAGAACAACAGAUGGCAGAUUUGCCACCGGAACGACUUAAAGUAAGUCCUCCCUUUACCUAUGUAGGCGUGGAUGUUUUCGGGCCCUGGUCUGUGACGGCAAGGCGCACGCGAGGAGGGCACUCAGAGUCAAAACGAUGGGCAAUUCUUUUCAGCUGCAUGACUUCAAGAGCAGUCCACAUUGAGCUAAUAGAAUCUCUAGACACAUCUAGCUGCAUUAAUGCUUUGAGACGGUUUUUUGCAUUGAGAGGACCAGCCAAACAGCUCAGAUCUGAUUGUGGCACAAACUUUAUUGGGGCUUGCAAGGAGCUACAGAUGGACACAAGAAUGCAGAAGUUCCUCACUGAUCAGGAAUGUGUCUGGGAAUUCAACCCACCUCAUGCUUCUCACAUGGGGGGUUCAUGGGAGCGGAUGAUUGGCAUAGCAAGGAGGAUUUUGGAUGCUAUGCUACUCCAGCAAAACAUCUCCUUGACUCAUGAAGUCCUAUGUACUCUAAUGUCAGAAGUUACUGCCAUUAUCAAUGCCCGUCCCUUAAUGCCUGUGUCUACAGAUCCAGACAAUCCUUUCAUCUUGUCACCUGCAAUGCUUCUUACCCAAAAGGUUGGAGUCCCACCACCUCCUGGAAAUUUUCCUGAAAAAGACUUGUUUACUAGGCAGUGGAGGCAAGUACAAGCAUUGGCGAAUCAGUUUUGGUCUCGUUGGAGACGAGAGUACCUGCCAUCUUUACAGCAACGUUCGAAAUGGACGGUACCCAAAAGAAACUUACACAUAGGAGAUUUAGUUCUUCUGAAAGACAAACAGGUUCCUCGCAACUGUUGGCCAAUGGCUAGGAUUACUGCCACAUUCCCAGGACAGGAUGGAUAUGUAAGAAAGGUCGAGGUCACAACAGCAGAGCAAGGCAACCCAAAAACAUAUCUUAGGCCUGUCACAGAAGUUGUUUUGCUUCUGCCUAGUGAAUGACUUAUGGACUAAUGUUUGAUGAUCCAAAGGCACAGUGACCUCACUGAGGUCAGACGGGGAGUGUGCUGCCUUGACAGCAUUUUUUCUUUGAUAUUUUAAGGAUAUUGCGUUAAUGGCAUUGUAAGUUAUUUUUUAUUGCAAUAAGUUCGAAGGCUUUUAUUUUGAAGGAUUACUGUGUUGUUCGCAACGAACUUCCUGUUUGAUCAUUUCCGGUUUUCUCCGUGAGCUGCAGCAAGCAUGGCUGAAUGUGUUUUGUCUUCAGCAUCUAAUCCUGUGCCAUCCGCUAGAAAUUAAGUUGAAGCAAUGCUUUUUCACCCAGCUUAUGAUAAGGGGAAGUCAACAGUAAAUGCUCAAUCUUACUACACGUCUCCCUCUCAUCAAUUUGCUGUGGUUUACCUCGGUGUUUAGUCGGAGUUGUUACACUUUUGGAUGAGAACACUACAGU